GCAAAUCGGAAACUUUUACUUUAACCAAAAAUUAACGGAUUGAAAUUGAGCCAGUGAUUCAAUAUUGAUCGCUUCUGCUACUAAUCUACUAAUUAAGUACAGUUUAGGGACAAAAAGUCUAUAUUGGAAGAAAAUAAUUUGGAAAUCUCGUCAGUAGGAGAGCAAGUGAAAAUUGAAUACGUUGGCAUUUUUCUUCUCUCUGACUUCAUCUUGGCACACAUUCUUUUUCAAUGUAUUUAUGUGUUUCAAAUGUGUCAGUGAAACCAGUCAGCCUUAUUUGUGUGAAUACGUGGACUCAGUGAAUAACUGGAAAUACUGUUAGCCUGGAAUUUAGUUUCUACUCACGAAUAUUGUAUUUGAAAUCUUUGAGGGACCGUACUUUUAUCCAAGUUGUGUUGUUAAUUGAUCAAAUACAGCCAGUCAAAUUGCGUGUAGAAAGUUAACCACAAUCAUGAACAGAAAGUGGAAAGUAACGGUGGCCUAAUAGAAUGAUUUCAUUAAUCGGAUGAAAAAAUAUAAAUGUUCUAUCAACGUGUCUUUUCUGUUAAUAUUCGCAGCUUUAAUUUAGUGUAAUAUCAUGAUGAGAUAAAAAGUGCAAGACUCUGUUGGAAAAUAACCCGGACCCCACAUCCAAGAGGUUCAAUACUUUAUCAGAAUGGCUUGCCAGGCGGUACUUAGGAUAGUGUUGUUGGCAACAAUAGUUACGGUGACAGUGGCGGAGGACCCACUAUCGUGCGCAUCGGGAUGGGAAAUGAGAGGGUUAGAUUGUUACAAAUAUUUCAGCGUCAAACAUUCAUGGGAAAAAUCAGCAGAGCUGUGUAAAAGGUAUGGAGCUGAGCUUGCAACAAUUGAGUCAUUCGAAGAAAAUGAAGUAACGCGAGAUAUUGCUGUUUUUGGAGAAUCGAGAGGUAGAACAGCUAAUAUGUAUUGGCUGGGCUUGGCAUCACUUGAUGAUUUAAGGACCAACACACUUGAGUCAACUGCAGGAGGUUUAGUAUCACAAUAUUCUGGUUUUUGGGCUCUGAACCAACCAAAUCCUGCUGAAGGAGAAUGUGUAGCAGCUUCCAAUGUUAAUAACACACAGUCGUGGGUACUUGAAACCUGCGAAAAUCUUUUGCCAUUUAUGUGUAAAAGACAGGCAUGUCCUCAAAAUACGGUUCGCUGUUCAAAUGGGGCUUGUGUUAACCAAGCGUUCAAGUGCGAUGGGAACGACGAUUGCGGAGAUGGCAGCGACGAGCUAGAUUGUCCUAACGCAUGCCAUUUUCAUAUGCAGUCGGGAGGUGAUGUCAUAGAAUCUCCCAGUUUUCCACAAAAAUAUCCUGCAUUGGCGAAUUGCAAAUGGACACUAGAGGGUCCUCAGGGAACGAACAUUAUUUUACAGUUUCAGGAGUUCGACACUGAGAAAAACUUUGACAUUGUUCAAAUUCUUGUAGGUGGUCGAACCGAGGACAAGUCUGUUUCAUUGGCCACUAUUUCGGGAAAGAGCGAUUUAGCCAGUAUGCCAUUUAUAACUGCAUCUAAUUUUAUGAUUAUAAAGUUUACAUCUGAUGGCAGCGUCGAGCGUAAAGGAUUCCGAGCCACCUGGAAAACCGAGCCUCAGACGUGUGGUGGAACCCUGCAAGCUACCACGCAAGGUCAAAUUUUAAACAGCCCCGGUUUCCCGAAAGGAUACCCAGGUGGACUGGAAUGUCUUUAUAUUAUCAAGGGACAAAAUGGCCGCGUCAUCUCACUGGAAGUUCUGGAUUUGGAUCUCAACGAUGAGAGAGAUUUCAUAUUGAUUCGAGACGGAGAAAAUGCACACAGUAAACCUGCAGCACGUUUGACUGGCAGUGCUGUAAAUGACCACAACAAGGUGAUUAUUUCAACUGGAAAUAAACUGUACAUUUAUUUCAAAACGGCAUUGGGUGAGUCCAAGAGAGGAUUCCGGAUCAAAUACACGCAAGGCUGUGGCGCCACCAUUACUGCCCUGAAUGGAACAGUGAGUUCUCCGGCUUAUGAUUUAUCUAACUACCCAAACAACCAAGAGUGUUUCUAUAGAAUAAAAAAUCCGAACGGAGGACCGCUUUCAAUGCGAUUUGAACGAUUCAACGUUCACAACAGCGAUAAAGUACAAAUUUACGAUGGAUCAUCAACAUCUGGAUUGAGGCUUCAUCCUGGUGAUGGAUUUACAGGAAACAGUGUUCCCAAAAUCAUUUUGACAGCUUCCUCAGGCAGCAUUUUGGUUAAGUUUAAUACCGACGCAUUGCACAAUGAUAAAGGUUGGCUGGCAGAAUUUUCGGCAGAUUGUCCAAAGCUGAAACCGGGUAUUGGAGCCGUGGCGUCAAGUCGUGAUACCGCAUUUAGAACAACGAUUUCGUUUGUAUGCCCCACUGGGCAAGAGUUCGCUACCGGAAAGAACAAAAUCGUAACCACGUGCCAGAACGGUGGAACUUGGAGUGUGGAUUACAUUCCCAAAUGUCAAGAGGUUUACUGUGGCCCGGUUCCACAAAUCGACAACGGUUUCUCGAUCGGUUCAACGAAUGUAACGUAUCGCGGUGUUGCCAUGUACCAAUGCUACGCUGGAUUUGCAUUUUCGUCAUCGAAUGCCAUUGAAAAAAUUUCUUGUCUAGCUGACGGAAAAUGGGAGCGGCAACCAUCUUGUCUGGCCUCACAAUGCCCUAUCUUGCCGGAAGUAGCACACGCAAACGUUACCAUUUUCAACGGUGGAGGAAGAAGCUACGGUACGAUCGUGGGAUACGAAUGUGAACCAGGCUAUCAGCGGAAUGGUCAGCCUGUCCUGAUUUGCAUGUCAAAUGGCACGUGGAGUAGUUCUAUACCGACCUGUCACCGUAAACGAUGUUACAAUUUCCCGGAAAUCGAAAAUGGUUUCAUCGUUGAUCAAACCCGCCAGUAUUAUUUCGGAGAUGAAGCUCGUGUCCAAUGUUACAAGGGAUUCAAACAAAUCGGUUCAAACAUAAUUAAGUGCAAUGAUGAACAACAGUUCGAUUCGCUUCCAGCUUGUGAAGAUAUAAACGAGUGCUUAGCAUCACCAUGUGAUUCGGCUUCCACCGAGUGCGUCAAUACUCCGGGAUCAUUUUACUGCCAGUGUAAGGGAGGUUUUACACCAUCGACGGACUGUCGACCGGUUGGAGAUUUAGGUUUAGCUACCAGUGGAAUAUUAGAUAAAAGUAUUAUGGUAUCUGCCACGGAGGAAGGCUACAACAAAGCGAUGUUGAGGCUGAAUUCUGCGGGAUGGUGUGGCAGCUCGGUUGACCCUGGAUCGAACUGGGUGUUGAUUGAUUUUAAAGCACCAACAAUAAUAAAAGGAUUUCGUACCAUGUCAGUGCAGAGAUACGAUGGCUCCCUUGCAUUCACAACUGCUAUCAGGAUCCAGUACACUAACAAUAUGACUGAUGUGUUCAAAGAAUAUGCUAAUCCUGAUGGAACGGCUGUGGAAUUUAGAAUCUUAGAGCCCACUUUAUCAAUUCUAAAUUUGCCGAUUCCAAUCGAAGCUCGUUAUGUAAGGUUUAGAAUUCAAGAUUUUGCUGUGGCACCUUGUCUGAAACUUGAGGUGAUGGGAUGCACGAGAAUCGAUUGCGUUGAUAUUAACGAAUGUGCUGUUCAAAACGGCGGAUGUCGACAGAAGUGUAUCAACUCCCCGGGAUCCUACUCAUGCGGAUGUAACACUGGUUAUGAAUUGUUUACGAACAACGGAACAGCCGGAUUUUUCAUUGAUGCGAAUGAGACGGGAGAGCGGGAUGGCGAUGUUUACCAACGGAAUAAGACAUGUGUUCCAAUGAUGUGUCCACCGUUGGCCUCUCCAGAAAAUGGUCAAAUUUUGACUGAAAACACAGAGCACCACUUUGGUGAAGUUAUUCAAUUUCAGUGUAAUUUUGGCUAUGUGAUUUCUGGUAGUACAUCGUUACUGUGUAUGUCUACAGGAGUAUGGAAUGCGACGGUACCGAGCUGUAUUUACGCUAAAUGUGUUUCACUACCUGAUGAGAAAAACGAAGGGCUAGUGGUACUCCGGCAAGACCAAAACAGCGUGCUGGUUCCGUUCAGAGAAAAUGUUACACUCACAUGUAAUGCACCUGGACGCAUCCUGCGCAAGUCGAUAACAUCUGGCUUUAGACAGUGCGUGUACGAUCCAAAGCCCGGCUAUCCAGACUACUGGUUAUCCGGGUCCGUUCCAUCGUGUCCGCGCGUAGACUGUGGAGAUCCAAUGCCGACUCCUGGCGCAGAAUAUGGGCAGCGUAGCGAUACUAGAUUCCAAAGCUCGUUUUUCUUCGGGUGUCAAAAUACUUUUAAAUUGGCGGGACAAAGUGCUAAACAUGACAAUGUGGUGCGCUGUACCGAAAAUGGUAUUUGGGAUUUCGGAGACCUGCGUUGUGAAGGACCAGUGUGUGAAGAUCCUGGCCGGCCUAACGACGGUUAUCAAGUUACUAAGAGUUACGAACAAGGAUCGGAAGUUCUGUUUGGGUGCUCUCGUCCAGGCUACAUUCUAAUCAAUCCAAGACCAAUUACAUGCAUCCGAGAACCUGAAUGUGGUGUGAUCAAACCAUUAGGAUUGUCAUCAGGAAGAAUUCCUGACAGCGCUAUUAAUGCCACAUCCGAGCGACCAAAUUACGAAGCCAAAAAUAUAAGAUUGAAUUCCGUUACCGGUUGGUGUGGAAAACAGGAAGCCUUCACAUAUGUUAGCGUCGAUUUAUUGAAAGUUCACCGCAUUAAAGCCAUUCUUGUCAAGGGGGUUGUUACAAACGAUAUCGUUGGAAGACCAACAGAAAUCAGAUUCUUCUAUAAACAAUCAGAAACUGAAAACUACGUGGUGUAUUUCCCUAAUUUUAACCUGACUAUGAGAGAUCCCGGAAAUUACGGUGAGCUAGCAAUGAUCACAUUGCCCAAAUUUGUGCAAGCUAGAUUUGUGAUUCUUGGAAUAGUAAGCUACAUGGAUAAUGCCUGUCUUAAAUUUGAGCUAAUGGGAUGUGACGAACCAGCUGCAGAUCCAUUACUGGGCUAUGAUUACGGUUAUUCUCCAUGCGUUGACAAUGAACCACCAGUUUUCCAAAAUUGCCCACAACAGCCAAUAAUAGUGAAACGUGAUCAAAAUGGUGCAAUACUUCCAGUGAAUUUCACAGAACCUGUCGCCAUUGAUAAUUCGGGAUCGAUUGCCAGGUUGGAAGUAAAGUCUCCAAGCUUCAAAACUCCAUCGUUUGUGUUCCAAGAUACCAUUGUAAAAUACAUUGCGUUUGAUUAUGAUGGAAAUGUUGCCAUCUGUGAAAUAAAUAUAACGGUUCCCGACAUUACGCCACCUUCGCUCAGCUGUCCUCAAAGUUUUGUCAUUGAACUGGUAGACAAACAAGACAGCUACUUGGUUAACUUCAACGAAACGAGAAAACGCCUCAAGGUAUCGGAUAAUUCUGGCGACGUAACCAUUGAGUACAUUCCAGAGAGUGCCUCAAUACCUAUAGGAGCAUUUGAGAAUGUCACUGUUAUUGCAACCGAUAAAUUUAACAACAAAGCGAUGUGUAACUUCCAAGUGUCCGUGCAAGCAACGCAAUGCGUCGAUUGGGAUCUGCAACCUCCAAACAAUGGAAACAUCAACUGUCGAUCGAAUGACAAAGGCAUCGAAUGUAUCGCCACAUGUAAACCUGGUUUUAGAUUUACCGAUGCAGAUUCUGUAAAGAAAUUUUCUUGCGAAACCAAACGAUUGUGGAAACCAUCAUCUGUAGUACCUGACUGUGUAUCCGAGAAUACUCAACAAGCCGACUAUCACGUUACUGCGACGACAAUCUAUAGAGCAAACGGAGCCGUAUCCAAAUCUUGUCUAUCACAAUAUCAGGAGCUGCUUAGCCAAUACUAUCCGAAUUUGAACAACAUAUUGUCUCAGCGAUGCUCAGCUGUCAAUGUUAACAUGAAUGUAUCAUUUUUGAAGUCAGUUCCUAAGCUUCUGGAAGAAAACAUGAUCCAGAUUGAUUUCAUUCUGUCGAUUUUACCUGCAAUCAAGCAGCCUCAACUGUACGACCUGUGCGGGUCAACUUUGCAUCUUAUUUUCGACUUGAGCGUACCAUAUGCAAGUGCAGUAAUUGAGCCAAUUUCCAAUGUGUCUGCUAUUGGAAAUCAAUGUCCUCCGUUAAGAGCAUUGAAGAGUUCUAUCGCACGUGGUUUCACCUGUUCUGCUGGAGAAGUGCUUAAUAUGGAUACUAACGAGGUACCACGUUGUUUGCAUUGCCCUGCCGGAACGUACGCCGGUGAAAAUCAACAGGUCUGCACUCCGUGCCCUAAAGGCUACUAUCAGAAUAGAGAUCGUCAGGAAUCAUGCCUCAAAUGUCCAGCCGGAACUUAUACAAGAGAAGAUGGAUCAAAAUCUCUUAAUGCAUGUGUUCCAGUUUGUGGUUAUGGUACAUAUUCACCAACUGGACUUGUGCCUUGUUUGGAAUGUCCUAUCAAUUCCUUCUCAAGUGAACCCCCAACGGGUGGUUUCAAAGACUGCCAAGCCUGCCCAACUAAUACGUUCACCUUCAAACCAGCUGCCCAAUCUAGUGAUCAAUGCCGAAUCAAGUGUCCUCCAGGACAAUAUUCACCAACAGGGCUCGCUCCUUGUUCACCAUGCCCCAAGAACUUUUAUCAGAACAUAGAAGGAAUGCUAACAUGUAAUGAAUGCCCGACUGGCAUGAAAACCGACGGUUCAGGAGCAACCAGACAGGAGGAAUGCAAACCGGUUAUGUGCAACGAAAAUUCUUGCCAGCACGGAGGACUGUGUGUGCCAAUGGGUCACGAAGUUCAAUGUUUCUGUCCAGCUGGAUUCUCGGGACGACGAUGUGAGAUUGACAUUGACGAGUGCGCUUCCCAGCCCUGUUACAACGGAGGUACGUGUAAGGACUAUCCUCAAGGAUAUAAAUGUAUGUGCGCUCCCGGAUAUUCUGGAAUCAAUUGUCAAGAAGAAAAAAGUGACUGUGGGAAUGACACAUGUCCCUCUCGAGCCAUGUGUAAGGAUGAACCUGGAUUCAAUAAUUAUACAUGCCUAUGCCGUAGUGGAUAUACCGGUGAGGAAUGCGACGUAACCAUUGAUCCAUGCACGUCAAGCGGAAAUCCUUGCAAAAAUGAUGCAAGCUGUGUAGCACUCCAACAAGGACGAUUCAAAUGUGAAUGUCUUGCUGGAUGGGAUGGCCAACUGUGCGAGAUCAACACCGAUGACUGUGCGGAAAAUCCAUGUCUGUUGGGAGCCAAUUGCACUGAUUUAGUGAACGAUUUUAGCUGCGCCUGUCCUAACGGAUUUACAGGAAAACGAUGCCAAGACAAGAUUGACUUGUGCCUACCAGAACCGUGCAAUCAUGGAAUGUGUAUCGAUAGAUUCUUCUAUCACGAAUGUGUUUGUCAACCAGGUUGGGGAGGAGAAUCUUGCAAUAUCAAUAUUAAUGACUGCGCUAGUGAUCCAUGUGAAAAUAAUGGAAACUGCAUAGAUAUGAUUGAUGGUUACCAGUGUAAUUGUGAAGCUGGAUACACAGGUAAAAACUGCCAACACUUUAUUGAUGAUUGUGCAAGCAAUCCAUGCCAAAAUGGUGCAUCAUGUGUUGACCAACUCGAUGGUUUCCAAUGCAAGUGCAGGCCAGGAUACGUGGGAUUGCAAUGUGAAACAGAGAUAGACGAGUGCUUGAGCGAUCCUUGCAAUCCAUCGGGUACAGAUAAAUGCCUCGAUAAGGAUAACUCAUUUGAUUGCGCAUGUAGAGAUGGGUACACCGGAGAACUGUGUGAAACUGACAUUGAUGAUUGUGCAUCUGCUCCAUGUCUGAACGGAGGAUCAUGCCAGGAUCGCAUUGGGGCUUAUGAAUGUAAGUGUGCUCCUGGCUGGAGCGGGUACCAGUGCGAACACUUGAUUGAAACCUGUGAACCAGCACAUCCAUGUAAGAACGAUGCCAGGUGCAUAGAUUUGUUCGAGGAUUACUUCUGUGUUUGUCCAAGUGGAACAGAUGGCAAACAGUGUGAAACCGCUCCAGACAGAUGCAUUGGUGAACCAUGCAUGAACGGUGGUCAAUGCAAAGAUUACGGAUCUGGACUGAAUUGCUCAUGUUCUUCUGACUAUAUCGGUAUUGGUUGCCAGUACGAAUAUGAUGCUUGCGAUGAUAACAUCUGCAAAAAUGGAGCACAAUGCAUCGACGAUGGAAGUGGUUUCAAAUGUAUUUGCGCACCAGGAUACACUGGUGAAAAAUGCGAUCAAGACAUUGUCGAUUGUAAAGAUAACUCUUGCCCUCCUGGGGCAACGUGUAUCGAUCUCAAUCAAGGAUUCUUCUGCCAAUGUCCCUUCAAUUUGACUGGUGAUGACUGUCGUAAAACAAUUCAAGUAGACUAUGAUCUGUACUUUAGUGAUCCGACACGUUCCUCUGCUGCCCAAGUUUUGCCGUUCUACACCGGAGCACCAGACAGUUUCACACUGGCACUUUGGGUGCAGUUUGCACAAAAGGAUGACACAGGGAUAUUUGCUACCAUCUACGCUGUGGAUUCGGCUCACUCGACGAAUGACAGACGGGUGAUCUUACAAGCUCACUCGAGUGGCGUUCAGGUGUCAUUAUUCCCAGACCAGCAAGAUGCAUUCCUCGGAUUCAGAGAAUACGCUACCAUCAAUGACGGUCAGUGGCAUCAUGUAGCAAUCGUAUGGGACGGUAAAACUGGACAGCUUCAACUGAUAACAGAGGGGCUUAUAGCCAGCCGAGCUGAAUAUGGCACUGGACGUUCACUUCCGGCACAUGUGUGGGCUGUACUGGGUCGUCCAGCGGUAGCUUCGAACGAAACGAACAACGUUGCAUUCAAUGAGGCAGGCUUCCAAGGUAAAAUCACAAAGGUUCAAAUCUGGAGCAGAGCUUUGGAUGUCACAUCAGAGAUUCAAAAACAAGUUCGAGAGUGUCGCAGUGAACCGGUGCUGUACAGGAAUCUUAUAUUAAACUGGGCUGGAUAUGAGGAUAGCAUUGGAGGAGUCGAAAGAUCCGUUCCUUCAUCUUGCGGCAAGAAAGUGUGCAAAUCAGGAUAUGCUGGAUCCCAAUGCAAACAGCUUGAAAAUGACAAAGAGCCACCAAAGGUCGAACGUUGUCCUGACGAUCUUUGGAUUAUCGCCAAGAACGGAUCAUCAAUCGUUAACUGGGAUGAGCCACAAUUCAGUGAUAAUGUUGGAAUUACAAAGGUGAUCGAACGUAAUGGAAGACGAUCGGGUCAAAGCUUCCUUUGGGGUGGAUACGACAUAACGUAUCUUGCGUUUGAUGCUGCAGGUAACACUGCCAGUUGCAGCUUUAAAGUAACAUUGCUUUCCGAUUUCUGUCCACCACUGGCAGAUCCAAUUGGUGGAUCACAAAACUGUAAGGAUUGGGGAGCUGGCGGCCAGUUUAAGGUGUGUACAAUAGCCUGCAAUGCGGGUAUGCAAUUCUCAAGCGUGAUUCCUGAGUUUUACACUUGUGGAGCAGAAGGUUUUUGGCGACCCACUGAAGAUCCUUUGACGCCACUCGUGUAUCCGUCAUGUGCGCCGGCAAGACCAGCACAAAAAGUAUUCAGAAUCCAAAUGCUGUUCCCAUCCGACGUACUGUGCAAUGAAGCAGGACAAGGUGUUUUACGCCAAAAAGUUAAGAAUGCGGUCAACUCUUUGAAUAGAGACUGGAACUUCUGUUCAUACUCAACGGAAGGAUCGCGUGAGUGUAAGGAACUUCAAAUCAACGUCAAGUGUGACCGCUACAGCCAUUCGAGUAAUAUUGUAAAAAGACAAGCUGUAAAACCAUUUACGAAACAAGAUUCCAGCACAUAUGUCAUCGAUGCUACGAUACCGAUUAAAGGCGAUCCUGUUUUGCACUCAUCAAAUGGAGAAAGAUCAACUGUUCGUGCUUUGCUGGAAAAACUAAUUCUGGAGGAUAAUCAGUUUGACGUGCAAGAGAUUCUUCCGAACACGUUCGCCGAUCCUGCAUCGUUGGCACUUACUUCGGAGUUUACAUGUCCAGUUGGGCAAGUGGUACAGGAACCAAACUGUGUACCAUGUGCCAUCGGCACAUAUUUCGAUACUACAAGCAAGACAUGUGUUUCUUGCCCGAAGGGAUCGUAUCAAUCAGAAAUCGGACAGUUGCAGUGCAAGAGUUGUCCUAAUAUAGCGGGUCGUUCCGGUGUAACUUCAAUCAUCGGAGCAAGAUCGGCUGCUGAAUGCAAAGAACGGUGUCCUGCUGGCAAGUUUCUGGAUUCGGAGACCGGAUUGUGUCAACCAUGUGGAUACGGCUUCUAUCAACCAAAUGAAGGAUCGUUCUCUUGCGAGAUUUGUGGACUUGGUCAAACAACUAGAAUUACGGAGGCAACAUCCAAGUCGGAAUGCCGAGAUGAAUGCAAAUCAGGCAUGCAGCUUGGCGUAGCUGGAAACUGUGAAGCAUGUCCUCGAGGAACAUACAGAACACAAGGAGUGCAGCCGGCUUGCACAUCUUGUCCAACUGGCAGGACAACGCUUAAAGUAGGAGCAUCGAGUAUUGAAGAGUGUUCGCUUCCAGUUUGUCUGCCGGGUACCUAUCUCAAUGGCACCGUUAAUGUAUGCAUUGAGUGUGGCAAGGGCUUCUACCAGCCAGAACAGCAGCAAACGUUCUGUAUUCCAUGUCCUCCAAACCACAGCACCAAAACGAGCGCAGCGAAAAGCAAAGAAGAGUGUACUAACCCAUGUGCCAAUGUAUCGGAGGGACAGCAGCACUGUGAUCCUAAUGCAUUCUGCAUCCUCAUGCCAGAGUCGUUUGAUUUCAAAUGUGAAUGCAAACCUGGAUUCAAUGGAACUGGCAUGCAGUGUACAGACGUUUGUGAAGGAUUCUGUGAAAAUUCAGGACAGUGCGUGAAAGACAUCAAGGGAAUUCCAUCAUGUAGAUGCAAGGGAUCGUUCACUGGCACCAAGUGUUCCGAACGAUCCGAAUUUGCAUACAUUGCCGGUGGAAUAGCGGCAACGGUCAUUUUCAUCAUCUUGAUUGUCCUGUUGAUAUGGAUGAUCUGCGCUAGAGCAAACAAACGGCGGGAUCCAAAGAAAAUUUUGUCACCAGCAACCGAUCAAACAGGUUCCCAGGUGAACUUCUACUAUGGAGCACACACACCGUAUGCAGAGAGUAUAGCUCCAUCACACCACAGUACAUACGCACAUUACUAUGACGACGAAGAAGAUGGCUGGGAAAUGCCCAACUUCUACAACGAAAGCUACAUGAAGGAAGGUUUGCAUGGAACGAAUGGAAAACUCAAUUCUUUAGCAAGAUCAAAUGCUUCCCUAUACGGAACAAAGGAAGAUCUUUAUGAUAGACUGAAAAGGCAUGCUUAUCCGGGCAAAAAAGAAAAAAGUGACAGUGACAGUGAAGUCAACUGAGGUUCUUCCACGUGUAACAACAUCUAGAUGAUGGUUGCCAUCUAUAAAAUUUCGCAGGCGCAAUACUCAACUACUUAGUCCAUCAUUCCGGAAGAAUAAAUGACAUUUUACUGCAAAUAAAAUCAUAACGAGAUAUUGUUCAAAGAUUAGUGCAACAAUAACAAAAAGAAAAAAAAUGUAUGAACAGUACUCUAAGUAUCUAGACCCGUUCCAAAUUUUAUCUAGAACCCCUGUUAUGUUUUGGAGCACUUUUGUCUUAUAGAUUUUAAUUGAUUUAGGUUAAUUGACUAUAAGCUAUACUCAAUAAAGCUGAUUGAAAGCAUGUGCCAUUUGAUAUACUUUUGUUUUAGAAAAUUUAUUCUAUUUGUUCUAACUGUAAAAGCUCAAUUAAGUAGAAUGUGUGUGCUACUCUACUGGAAAUAUUGUUGACAACAUAAUGGAAAAAUACUCUUCAGUAUUUAGAAAUAAAGAACAGCCACAUGUUGAACUUGUUAAAAAAAUAUACAUUGCAUUUAGAAUAGAAUUCGUGAAUCUUUUAGCAAUAAAUUAUUCAAAAUAUCUUUAGGUAAUAAGCUCCUACAUAUUUUGGAAUUUUAACCAUUUUUAUUUAGUUUUCAUUAAAAAUAACACAGAGCUUACAAGCACGGUCCAAAACUAAACAUAGAAAAACAAAUCUAAAUCAAAAGUAUGUCAAAUAGUCAUGAAACCUCAUCAUAUUUAUUUGUUUUAAAAAA